AUGACAGGAAACACUGCAUUACAUGACUGUGCAGAAUCUGGAAGUUUAGAGAUCUUGAAGAUGCUUCUCAAGUAUUGUGCUAAGAUGGAAAAGGAUGGCUAUGGAAUGACUCCCCUUCUGUCAGCCAGUGUGACAGGCCACACAAAUAUCGUGGACUUUCUGACCCAACAUGAACAGACCAGUAAGAUAGAAUGUAUAAAUGCUCUGGAACUUCUAGGAGCAACAUUCGUGGACAAAAAGAGAGAUCUGCUUGGCGCUUUGAAAUACUGGAAGCGAGCUAUGGAAAUGAGAUACAGUGAUAGGACUAGUAUCCUGAACAAACCUGUGCCACAAACACUAAUUAUGGCCUAUGAUUAUGCUAAAGAGGUAAACAGCUCAGAAGAGCUAGAAAAUCUUAUUGCAGACCCUGAUGAGAUGAGAAUGCAAGCACUAUUAAUUAGAGAACGUGUUCUUGGUCCUUCUCACCCAGAUACAUCCUACUAUAUUAGAUAUAGAGGUGCUGUCUAUGCAGACUCUGGAAACUUUAAGCGAUGCAUCAACUUAUGGAAAUAUGCUUUGGACAUGCAGCAGAGCAAUCUAGAUCCACUGAGCCCUAUGACAGCCAGCAGUUUACUAUCAUUUGCUGAACUCUUUUCCUUCAUGCUACAGGAUAGGGCAAAAGGCCUGCUAGGCACUACUGUGACAUUUGAUGAUGUCAUGAGUAUACUGUGCAAAAGUGUUCUCGAAAUAGAGCGGGCCAUGAAACAAAUCCAGUGCCCUUCUGAUCCAAUACAGCUGAACAAAGCCCUUUCUAUCAUUUUGCAUUUAAUUUGCUUGUUGGAAAAAGUACCUUGCAGCUCAGAACAGGACCAUUUUAAGAAACAGACUAUUUACAAGUUUCUUAAGCUUCAGCCUAGAGGGAAGAAUAACUUCAGUCCACUUCACCUUGCUGUUGACAAGAAUACUACAUGUGUGGGUCGCUACCCAGUUUGUAAAUUUCCCUCUCUACAAGUUACUGCUAUCCUGGUAGAAUGUGGUGCUAAUAUAAAUGUUAGAGACUCUGAUAACAACAGUCCUUUACAUAUUGCUGCACUGAACAACCAUCCAGGCAUAAUGAAUUUUCUUAUUAAGUCAGGUUCACACUUUGAUGCCACAAACUCACAUAAACAAACUGCUAGUGAUUUGCUGGAUGAGAAGAAAAUAGCAAAAAACUUAAUCCAGCCUAUAAAUCAUACUACGUUGCAGUGUCUUGCUGCUCGUGUUAUAGUGAAUCAUAGCAUAUGCUAUGCAGGGCACAUCCCUGAAAAACUAGAGAAAUUUGUUUUGCUCCAUAGAUAAUAGUGUACAGCCCAAGAGUGCUGUUGUUGAAGCAUGACUUGGUGACAAUGUUUUUCCUGAGCACUGUUGUGAUAUACCAGUAUUCCCUUAGUUUGCUCCAUCUCGCUGUCAUUUGCUAAAGCAUUGUUAGCGUUGCAUCUGCAGAGUUGGUUAACUGAUAUUUGAAUAUACCAUAUAUUAUAUUUUGUGGAUUAUUUGGAAAUGUAGUGCCAUAUUUAGACUCUUAAAAUUGUUUGCCAAAGGCUUGUCUAUUCCAGUCUUAUUUGUCUGUUGGGUGUUUAGGACUGAGUUGAAUAUUUUCCACUGAUGUCUUUUUACUACAACUGUUGUGUGUAUUUUAUACAGUUGGAGGGUCAUCUUUUUUGGUUUUGCUCGAGCAUUUCUACUCUUACUCUAUUCUUUUUCUAUGGACUUGUUAAACUGUGCAAGUUGUAAACAUUGUUGUUAACAUUUGCAACUACCAUAAGUGCUUUUUAUCUUCUCUAUGCACUAACUUAAAUGUGACUGUUGUGUGUGAACAUAUUUCUAUGCAGCAGUUGGCCAAUUUCAACUUAAAUGCCCAUUUUGAUUUGCAGUUUUGUUUGGAGCUCUUUUUGAGAAUGCUGCCUUCAUAGCAUGACAAAGUUUGGAUCUACAUAUCUCCUUUCUGAACUGGGGUUUAAUUUUUUUAUUCUAGCUGUAACUGAGGUGGCUUUCCUCUUGAUCCUCUGGAAAUCUGUGCUAAAUUUGGGAGAAGAAAAUCUCUCUUGUUCUCAUGGUAAUCCACUUGGACUUUUAAUCCAAUAAUCAUUCUCUCACAUCAUACAGUUAGGGGAAGAGUCAUCAUCAUGUACAACUGACAGCUUCCCUUUUGCACUAAUGUCUUGCUUGUGUUGGUUAUGUGACUAGAUGUAAAGUUUGUUCAAAGUUGAACCUCAAACUUAAUGAAACACUCUAAUGAGAAAUAGAUUAAAUGUAUGCCAUGGUUUAAAUUUACAAAUCAACUUCUUCAGCUACAAAAGAAACUAAAGCAUGUUGGUGAUGUGAUGCUUAUCAGUCCAGAAAUAUAAGCGUCAUCAGUAUCAUUAUAACAUGGUAAAUGGCUGUAUGCCAGAGUAAUAGAAAUUCUAUAGCAGUGUCUCCUCUUCUUAAUUUUAAAUAUCUUUAUAAAUGCAUGGCUUUUCCGUCUCUAUUAUCUGUCAGCUGUACUUAAAGAAAAAGCAGAAGUUCUGUUGUGUAUCUAUAGCUCCUAAUUAAACUUCCUAUUUUGAUAAU